AUGUCGCGGCAGAACCACCAACCCAUCCCGUUGACGGGAUUCCCCAUGAUGACCACCACCGAGGUGUGCGACUGCUUGGCGGCACUGUACAUCACCGCGUCACCAGAGGACCUCACCAAGCCGACGGCGGCAACAACACAGGCGAUCUGGAACGGCUUGCUCUACUCGCUCAUGGCCAUCCCCGUGGAUCAGUUCGAGGGGCCGAAGCAGUCUCUCCUCGGCAUGAUGCAGUAUCGGGAACUGUACUCGGACGGCCUGGGAUUCAUCAUGUUCUACCAGCACUGCCGCACGCUCGCGAUGCUGUGCGGCAUCAAGGACUUUACCAUCGCCGACCUCACUCGACCAGAAGCGACCCGUCUGCGCACCGUAAUGAGCGGCAUUAUGAACUUUGCCAAGUUUAGGGACGAGCGCCAGCGCUUCCACCUCGAGGUGCAGCAGCGGAGCCAGGCCGAGCUGGACCGCGCCGAGGAACUGCGCCGCCGCCUGGACAAUUUGGAUGCCUCGAUUGGCGACAUCAGGGCGAAGAACAAGGCCGACGGCCCGAUCAUGGAGGAGAGGCAGAAGCGCAACAAGGGCAUCCACAACGAGCUGCUCGAGCUGCGGCAGCAGCAGAUGAAGCUGUCAGCUGAAGUAGAGGAGCUCAAGCGUGAUCGGUCACGGAUCAUGGAGGACGCGGCGGAAAAGAGCCGCGAACUCGCUGUGCUCCAGCAGAACACGUUGAGCGCGAGGUCACGCUUCGUACGGUCACCCGACAGGAUCAAGGGACAGAUCCGGCAGAUGAGCGAGCAGCUUGCGGCCGAGCGGUCCACACACGCCGGGUACGUGCGCUCCGCAGCCGAGCACACGAAGCGCAACACGAUCAUCACUGGUCUCGAGGCGGAGCUGAAGCGGUUGGUCGAUCUCGAGCGCGAGAUCGAGUCGCAACGGAGCAAGGCCGAGGAGGGACGGCGGCACCGAACAGCACUGCGCGCAAAGCUCGAGCAGGUCAAGAUCGAGCAGGACGGCGCCAAGGAGCGGCAAAAGCAGCUCGACCGGCAGAUCAAGAAUGCCGAGGACCGCCUGGCGCGUCAGAAGGAGAUGGCCGUCGAGUUUAGGGAGAAGGCAACAAAGAAGAUCCAGGUGUUGAAAGAGGACUACGUGGUCAAGUCCAAGGACCGUAACAAGUCACAGAAGGAGCGCGACGAGCUUUUGCGCGAGCAGAAGGUGCUCGAGGCGGAGAUGGCUGCGUUCAUCAACGAGAGCGAAACGAAUCUCAACGACUUGCUGCAAGAGUACUGGGCGAUGCGGAAGCAGGCCGAGGACUACAUGAACACGAUGACGGUCAAGCUCGGCCUGGUGAUGAAGUAG